AUGGUGGCUGCCAUCCCUCAAGCAGCAGCAGCAGCUACUGGUUCAACUGAAAAAGCCUCUAAUCCAACAAGACACCCACUUUUACCUUCUGAGAAAGACCAACAACGAAACAAUGGUAGUACCCACACUGCAACAAGGAAACCCAGAGGCAAACAAGUCCCUUCUAGGUACCUCUCUCCCUCUCCUUCCACUUCUACAACAACAACAACUACUACUACUACCACUUCAAGUUCUUCGUCUUCAAGUUCUUCAUUUCCAAAGAGAUUUGCUUCACCAUUACUAUCAAGGUCUACCAAUUCUGGACCUUUACACACACCAUCAACAACAACUACAAGUUCUUUUCUUUCUGGGUCUAAAAGAUCCCAAUCUGCUGAUAGAAGGAGGCCUGCUACUUCUACAAGGCCAACAACACCAAACCCACAAGGCAAUGCAACUGAAAUGUCAGCUGCAACAAAGAUGCUGAUUACUUCAACAAGGACUUUAUCAGUUUCUUUUCAAGGUGAGGCCUUUUCACUUCCAAUUAGUAAAGCUAAGUCUGUGACACCACCACAAAAUAAUGUAGCUAGAAAAGCCACUCCUGAGAGGAGGAGAGCUACUCCUGUGAGAGAUCAGGUUGAGAAUUCAAAGCCUAUGGAUCAGCAUAGGUGGCCAGGGAGGAGUAGAGAAGGGAAUUUGAAAGAGCGGAAUCCACUGCUGUCUAGGAGUUUGGAUUGUAGUGUUGUUGUUGGUGGUGGCGUAGAUAAGAGGGUUAUUGGAUCUGGGUUUAUGGGGGUUAAGUCAUUGCAGCAGUCUAUGAUGAUUGAUGACGGCAGGAGGUUGAGCUUGGAUUUAGGCAAUGCUAAGCAGAACCGAGAUGCUAUUUCAGUAAAUGAGUCGUCUUUUACUGGCGAUCUUACCGCUUCUGACAGUGAUAGUGUUUCCUCUGGUAGCACUUCAGGAAUGCCAGAAAUUGGUAAAAAAACUGGGGCUCGUGGCAUUGCUGUUUCGGCAAGGUUUUGGCAGGAAACUAAUAGCAGGUUGAGGAGGUUGCAGGAUCCAGGUUCACCCUUAUCUACUAGUCCCGGUUCUAGAAUGGGUGUUUCACCAAAAACUACUCAAUCAAAAAGAUUUGGUAGAGACGGUCCUUUGUCAUCUCCACGAAUGAUGGCAGCUUCGCCUGUUAGGGGAGCUGCACGGCCUGCAUCUCCUAGUAAGCUUUGGACAUCUUCAGCUUCAUCUCCAUCUAGAGGGAUGUCUAGUCCUUCAAGGGUGAGACCAAUGAGUGGCAGUUCUCCUUCGAUUCUUAGUUUCUCUGUUGAUUUAAGGAGAGGGAAGAUGGGGGAGGAUAGAAUUGUUGAUGCACACAUGUUGAGGCUUCUGUAUAACCGUUAUUUGCAAUGGCGGUUUGUAAAUGCAAGGGCAGAUGCUACCUUCAUGGUGCAAAGACUGAAUGCAGAGGAAUGGCCAGAAUUCCAUUCCCUCACUAUUCCUAGACCCAUGCAUUACUUUGGAUUACCUUGGAUUCUUCGAGUCCAUGCUAGAAUGGAAAGCAACAGUGGUGCAGAGAAAGUGGGCACUAGCAGGGUAGAAGUUGUGUUUGUUGACUACACAAGUGUUCCCUUGUUAGAUGACUAUGGGGGAAAGGGCAGUUUGAGGAGAAAGGAUAAGGAAGUUGCUACUUUGAAUAAAGUCGUUUAUGGAGAUGGAUGGCAGACUCAAACAAGGGAAGUGGAUAAAUACUCUCUAUUUUCAGUUCUUGUGGUCUUGUGGGAGCUAUUAGAGGAGCUUGUGAUAUUUUUCAUUUUCACUGCUUGUGAAAAAUUUGUGGAAUGCGUGGGUAACGAUCUCAGAACUACGGCAUUCUGUCACUCUCAGAAGAAUCAAGUUACUUUUGCUGAGGCAAAAGCUGAAGCUAACUUCUAUACUCAAGGGACAACCAUUUCAUCUCUUUUCCUAAUUCUGAAAAUGUCCAAUGAGCUGGUGAAGCAUUUAGAGGCCUUGAUGUUUGCCUCUAUCAUAGAUGCUUGUAGAGCUUUAUCUAGAUUUACUGUAAUUGCUCAUUUAGAAGAAUGGUCUCUUCUUGAUAGAGAUCACUCGAGUUCUCUGGAAGGAGCAACUGAAGCUCUGAAGGCCAGUACUCUUCGCCUUCCAGUUGUUGGAAAGGCACUGGUCGAUGUUCAAAUUCUGAAGGAUGCUGUUGGUUCAGCAGUUGAUGUGAUGCAAGCAAUGGCAUCCUCAAUAUGCCCGCUAUCAGCAAAGGUGGAAGACGUGAAUUCAUUGGUGGCUGAACUUGCGAAUGUGACUGCUAAGGAAAGACACAUGCUUGAACAAUGUAAAGAUUUCUUGUCCACCUUAGCAACCGUGCAGCGACUGCAAUACUCUAACCUGCAAGAGGCUGGAACUCUAGACGCUUCGGAGGAGGAUGAGGUACGGUGGUACAUUACUAAGCGAAAGAGAAGGUCAGCGACAGCUCAUGUUGUGGCUGUGCUUCCGGCGCAUGGGAAAGUUAAAAGUCCCCAGCCCUACCGCCAACAUGAGCUGCCGGGUCUCAAGUCCAAGCUUCCAAGUUACCAUGAGUAA